AUCGUUCACGAGUAUCUCCACACUGUGCUCAGUUCGCGACCGGCUGCGCGCGCGCACACUACUCACGCUCUUUCAAAUUCAAAUUUAGAACCGGCGUUCGUUACACGUUCCUCAUUCGAAUUCGACUAACGGAUAAUGAUUUUAACUAUGAGACUGGUGUGGGUGGCGGCCGCACUGCUGCUGUGGAGUCCGCACGCGCAAGCCAGGAAUGUCACACACGAAGACAUCCGCGACGCCAUGCUAUCACUAGUCCACAUGUUCCGCACCUCAGAAGACAAGCUGGAGAGGCACGAAUACCGCGAGAAAGCGCUCGGAGAACAGCUCAAGAAGAUGCUAGGCGUGCUGGAUAAGAAGCAUAGGGCUCUGGAGCCACUGAAGGGAAUGAUAUCGAGGCUGGAUGAGAGGUUGUCCAAUGUGGAAACUAUACUUUUACAGUCUUUCCAGAAAGAGCAGCGAGAAAAAUCAACACAGAAGGCGACAGAAGAUGCUCUAGACGGCAUCCAGAAGAGUCUGCAGUCUCUAACAGCCAGCGUGGGGAAGAAACCCGCUGACUUGGAUAACAACCUGACGACUGACGACGACCCCGUCGGACGCCGCCUUGAUGCCACGGACCUGAAGAUUGAUGCCGUUAAGAAGGAGAUUGAGAAUUUGAAGAAUGCUCUCAGCAAGGACAACCUCCGUUCCAUGUGCCUCGACGCAGCUCUCGACGACGGCCACCCGUUCAAUAAACACAUGUCGGACGCGGAGAAGCUUCUUAACAAAUACGAGUUGAAGCUUAGCGAGUACAACGGCACCCGCGUGCAGACUGACUUCGUGCCGCUUAGCGAGGUCUCACUUGCUGAUGAGGCGUGGCACAGCAAGAUGACUGAAGUGAUGGAACGUCAAGAGAAAGAAGUGAAGAAGAUCCAGCAGCUCCUCGGCGACGCGGAGAGUAUGUGGAAGGACUUACCUCGGUUAGCUGACCUGCGGUGGUCGACCAACCUGACGCUGGACGCCGUCGCUGCGGCCAGCGCCACUCUUACAGAGAACAAUGAGCAAGGUAUAUCCAAAGUGGUUACCAAGCUCCGUGAGCUGAGCGACCGCAUGACGAGGACCAACGAAGACAUCCAACAGAGCUUGACGCAAGGGAACACGCUGAGCGAGCGAGCGCUUACCGACAUUUCGAGGAACUAUAUCGCUCUCCAUGCAGAGGUCCAAGCGUUAGCGAAGGACGAGCACGUGAUGCAGUCGACAGCGGACAACGUACUGGCGACGAAGAAGCGCAUCGAGUACGGCGUCCAUCAGAUUUUAGUUGAAGUAGGCGAGUUGGUCCGCGCGCAGGGCUCAAGACUUAACAAGUCUGUUAGCGACAGAUUUGACAGCAUAGAGCUGAAGAUGAUCGAAAACCACGCCGCAGCUCUCAGCAACACCAGCGCCAAAAUCGAGUCAGAAAUGUCACAAGUUUGGCGACAGAUCGGCGUCAUGUACCAGCAAAUGACCGCCAACCAGCGGUCGUUGGAUAAACUCACUGAGCAGACCGACCAGUAUGUAAAUACCACCGCCACGACAUUGGACGGCAUGCAAGGCAAGGUAAUCAAUUAUAUACUGUAUGGCUUCACACAUAACGACCAUUAUAACGUCCAUUAAUCUAAUUGUUUCUGUAAAACACACAUUAAU